ACUCCACCAUAAUCAUCCUAAUCAUCCAAGGCUCGGAGCUCCCGACGGCGACCUUCGCCGUUCCAUUCUCUGCCCAUUGAUCAACCGGUGCAGUGAAACCCAUGGCUGCCCGCCUGCACCGUUUCCUCCUCCUCACCGUGCUCCUCCUGCUGAUAGGCGGCGCCUCCUCAGCAGGCGACGUCGUCGCGGCGGGAAACGGUAAGGUGCGUAUGGAGCUCUACUACGAGUCGCUGUGCCCCGACUCAGUGCAGUUCAUGGUGGACAGCCUCGCCAGAGUCUUGAAAGACGGACUCCUCGACGCCGUGGACCUAACCCUCGUUCCCUACGGCAACGCCAAGGUUGGCGCGCAUGGCGCCAUCAGAUGUCAGCAUGGUCCGGAUGAAUGCCUCCUGAACACCGUGGAGGCUUGCGCCAUCGACGCCUGGCCGAACGUGACUGUGCAUUUCGGUUUCAUCAACUGCGUGGAGGAGCUGGCGAUGGAGUACAAGCACCGGGACUGGCAGUCGUGCUUCCAUAAACAAGGGCUUCACCCCAAGCCUGUCAUGGAGUGCUACAAGAGUGAGCAUGGCCACAAGCUUUCACUCAAGUACGGGAGACAGACAGAUGCGCUCGUGCCUCGACACACUUCCGUUCCAUGGGUGGUAGUUGAUGGCAAGCCGCUGUAUGAUGACUUCGGGGACUUCGUAGCUUACAUCUGCAAGGCGUACAAGGGACAUCCUCCCAAGAUUUGCUGAAACUCGGGCCGCCAUUAUGCAACCGUACAACAGGUGGCUGUGUCACGCAAUGGCAUCAGUAACAACUCCGUCGAUUUCGAGCUCGAUGAAGGCGUCGACGGCACGAUUAAGAUGCUGCGGGUUGAUAACAAUUGAUAAAUUAUGUUUCCUUUCAGGUCCCAUUCAUAGCGUGAACAUAUUACAGUUUCAUCCUUCUGCCCGGGUUAAUUAUGGAGAUGUAUUUCAUCCGAUAAUAAAGUGAGCUAUGUAAUGCUGGUA